AUGAGCCCUACAAAGUCUACUGGCACAGGUUCAAGCUCACCCAGAGACGACAACAGUCUGAAGUCUGGUAUUGACGAUGUGGCCUUGCCGGAAGAAUACCAUAUCGGUAACGAUCGAAAGGGAGCUCAGGUUACCGUCGGACCUGCUCCACUCGCCGCUGGAGUUUCUUCAGCUGAAGUCGAUAAGGCGGAAUCCGCUUUGGGUUCUGCGGUCUUGAGAGCCUUGAAACUUCGUCCUCCUCUUCCUAAAGACGCUCCUGAUGCUAUCGCCACUCAACCCAGUAUCUGGGAUGGUGACAAUAUAGAAGAACUGAAGGAGAAGUACAUCCGACCAGAUUGGGAAAACGUCGAAGCUUUUGAUCCCAAUUUUAGAUGGACCGUUCGAGAGGAGCAACAAGUCAGACGAAAGAUCGAUUGGAAAAUCAUGCUCUGGGCAUGUGUCAUGUUCUCUGCAUUGAACAUCGAUAGAGGAAAUAUCAGUAAUGCAAACUCUGACGGACUUUUGAAAGAUAUCGGCCUCUCGCAAGGAGAUUAUAACUUAGGAAACACCUUGUCCAAACUGUUCUUCUUGAUUGCGGAACUUCCGUCUCAACUGAUCUCCAAGAGAGUUGGUCCAGAUAGAUGGAUUCCCAUUCAAGUCUGUAUCUUCAGUAUUAUUUCGGGAGCCCAAUUCUUCUUGAGUGGUAGAGCCUCUUUCCUUGCCACCCGAUGUUUGAUCGCUUUGUUCCAAGGUGGUUUCAUUCCAGAUCUAAUUUUGUAUCUCAGCUACUGGUAUGAUGGGAGACAUCUUCCUAUUCGACUGGCAUGGUUCUGGAUGUCCUCAAAUAUCUGUGGUAUCAUAACCGAUUUCUUGGCUGUAGGGUUCCUCAAGCUGAGAGGCUUCCACGGAUACGCAGGAUGGAGAUGGCUCUUCCUCUUCGAAGGUAUUAUCACAUUGGCCAUCGGUAUCGCUUCGUUCUUCUUGAUGCCCACUUCACCAGCAAAGACCAAAUCCAAAUGGUUACCCAAGGGAUACUUCAAUGAUCGGGAAGUCAAGAUCAUCGUCAAUGGAGUCAUCCGAGAUGAUCCUAACAAGGGAGGAAUGCACAAUCGACAAGCCCUAACUCUCCGAAUGAUCUGGGACUGUAUCCUAGAUUACGAUAUGUAUCCCCUCUACGCCCUAGGUUUAUUGUUCGGUAUACCCAAAUAUCCCGUUGGCAACUAUCUUACACUCUCUUUCAAGGAACUUGGAUUCUCAACUGUCCAGACUAAUCUUUUGUCAAUCCCAUACGAAGUGAUCAGUAUCUUUACUCAAUUCGGUAUCACUGCUAUAUCAGAGUUGGCCAAUAAUAGAAGUUUCGUAGCUUCCGCUGAAGAUUGGUGGUUACUCCCUUGUUUCAUACCUCUUGUGGCGUUGCCGGAUCCAAUCAACCCUUGGACUUACUUUGCCAUCGAGACAGUAUUACUUUCUUAUCCCUAUACCCACGCUAUCCAGGUAGCUUGGACAAGUCGAAAUGCCGGUACAGUGCAGAAUCGAUCCGUAUCAGCUUCCCUUUAUAACAUGUUUGUCCAAGCCUCAGCAAUGAUAGGAGCCAACGUCUAUCAAGCCAGUGAUAAACCGCGAUACAAGAAAGCUAAUAAAGGUUUGAUCGGUUUACUCUGCUUCAACGUUAUCAUAUUGUACCCCGGUACUUGGGCAUACUACAAAUGGCGUAACAGGACCAGAGAGAGAAUCUGGGGUGCAAUGUCAGAAGAGGAGAGGCAACAUUAUUUGAAAACCACUACGGAUGUCGGUAACAAGAGACUCGACUUCCGAUUUGCAGCUUAA